AACAGCGCCGGCCGGCGGCAAAGCGGCGGCGGGUGCCGCGCUGGGAAGUCGCCUCCGCUCCUGCACCGUCGCCGCCGCCGGGCGGGCGGACGGGCGGGUUGGCGAGGCGGGCGGCCGGCAUGGAAGCGGUGCCCUGCGAGGAGAAGCCCAACCCGCUGCGGGAUGCCAACCUCUGCUCCCGGCUUUUCUUCUGGUGGCUGAAUCCUUUAUUUAUUAUUGGCCAUAAACGGAAGCUUGAAGAAGAUGAUAUGUAUAAAGUGCUGCCAGAAGACUCCUCAGAGAAGCUUGGAGAGGAACUGCAGUGGUACUGGGAUAAAGAGGUGCAAAAAGCAAAAAAGAGAGGGAAAACACCACAUUUAACAAAAGCCAUCAUUCUUUGUUAUUGGAAAUCCUAUUUAGUUUUGGGAAUUUUCACAAUGAUUGAGGAAACCCUCAAAAUAGUUCAGCCAAUAUUUUUGGGAAAAAUUAUUAAUUAUUUUGAAAAGGAUAGUUCCUCAGCUUUGAAUUUUCCAUAUUGCUACGCAGCUGCUCUGUCUGUGUGCACACUUGUUUUAGCUAUAAUGCACCACUUAUACUUCUAUCAUGUACAGCGGGCUGGCAUGAAGCUGAGGGUAGCUAUGUGUCAUAUGAUUUAUCGGAAGGCGCUUCGUCUCAGUAACAUAGCUAUGGCAAAAACUACCACUGGUCAAAUAGUAAAUCUUCUGUCAAAUGAUGUGAACAAAUUUGAUCAAGUAACAAUUUUCUUGCAUUUCUUGUGGGCUGGACCAAUUCAAGCUGUAGCAGUAACAGCACUUCUCUGGAUGGAGAUAGGCCCGUCAUGUCUUGCAGGAAUGGCAGUUCUCAUUAUUCUUCUUCCCAUCCAGACAUGCAUUGGGAGGCUUUUUUCUUCCCUAAGAAGCAAGACAGCCACAUUAACAGAUGUCAGAAUUAGGACCAUGAACGAAGUGAUAAGUGGUAUGAAGAUAAUAAAGAUGUAUGCUUGGGAAAAAUCAUUUGCGGAGCUUGUGAAUGGUUUAAGAAGGAAGGAGAUUGCCAUGGUUAUGAGGAGCUCCUACCUUCGAGGACUGAACUUAGCCUCUUUCUUUGUGGGAAGCAAAAUAACAGUGUUCAUGACUUUCAUGGCAUACGUACUACUUGGCAAUGUUAUCUCUGCAAGUCGGGUGUUUGUUGCAGUGUCCCUGUAUGGGGCAGUAAGACUGACAGUAACUCUCUUCUUCCCUGCGGCUGUUGAGAGAGUAUCCGAGGCAGUGGUUAGCAUACGAAGAAUCAAGAACUUUCUGAUACUUGAUGAGGUCUCGCACUUCAAGCCACAACUGCAUGGUAAUAAUGAGAAUAUCAUUCUUCAUGUUCAGGAUUUGACUUGCUAUUGGGAUAAGAGUUUAGAAACCCCAGCGCUUCAACAGCUUUCAUUUACUGUCAGACGAGGGGAGUUACUGGCUGUGAUUGGUCCUGUAGGAGCUGGAAAAUCUUCGCUUUUAAGUGCUGUGCUUGGUGAGCUGCCUAAGGAGAAGGGUUUGAUAAACGUUACUGGAAGAAUUGCCUAUGUUUCUCAGCAGCCUUGGGUGUUUUCUGGUACAGUAAGAAGUAACAUACUGUUUGACAAGGAGUAUGAGAAAGAAAAAUACGAGAAAGUUUUAAAAGUCUGUGCCCUUAAAAAGGACUUGGAAUUAUUAGCAAAUGGUGACCUAACAGUAAUAGGAGAUCGUGGAGCUACAUUGAGUGGGGGACAGAAGGCUCGUGUAAAUCUGGCCAGAGCUGUGUAUCAAGAUGCAGACAUCUAUCUUUUGGAUGAUCCACUGAGUGCAGUAGAUGCUGAAGUUGGAAGACAUCUGUUUGAAAAAUGUAUUUGUCAAGCCUUACAUCAGAAGAUCUCUGUUUUGGUCACUCACCAAUUGCAAUAUCUCCGUGCUGCAAAUCAGAUUCUAAUUUUAAAAGAUGGUAAAAUGGUGGGGAAAGGUACCUAUUCAGAAUUCCUGAGGUCUGGCAUCGACUUUGCUUCCCUUUUGAAAAAAGAUGAGGAGGUAGAACAGCUGUCAGUUCCUGGAACCCCCAACCUCAAGUCUGCCCGGAACCGAACCUUCUCAGAGUCUUCUGUCUGGUCCCAGGAUUCUUCUGUCCACUCACAGAAAGAUGGAGCAGUGGAACAACCACCUGCUGAAAAUGCACUGGCUGCAGUGCCAGAAGAGGGUCGUUCUGAAGGAAAAAUAAACUUUAAGGUCUACAGAAAAUAUUUCACUGCAGGAGCAAACUACUUCGUGAUUUUUAUACUUAUACUGUUCAACAUUUUGGCACAGGUGGCAUAUGUGCUGCAGGACUGGUGGCUUUCUUACUGGGCAAAUAAUCAAGAAAAGCUGAAUGUCACAACUAAUGGAAAUAAUGGAGCAAAUGAGACUGAACAUCUAGACCUUAACUUUUAUUUGGGAAUUUAUGCAGGUUUAACAGUGGCUACAAUAUUGUUUGGCAUAAUAAGAAGUCUUCUAAUGUUUCAAGUUCUUGUUAAUUCUGGUCAGACUUUGCACAACAAAAUGUUUCAAUCCAUUUUGAAAGCUCCCGUCUUGUUUUUUGACAGAAAUCCUAUAGGAAGAAUCUUAAAUCGUUUCUCCAAAGAUAUUGGCCACCUGGAUGACUUGCUUCCAUUGACGUUUUUGGACUUUGUGCAGACCCUCCUACAGAUUUUUGGUGUGGUGGCUGUGGCUGUGGCUGUGAUUCCUUGGAUACUCAUCCCCUUAAUUCCACUAUUUAUUCUUUUCAUUUUUCUUCGACGAUACUUCUUAGACACUUCAAGAGAUAUUAAACGUCUAGAAUCCACAACUCGAAGUCCCGUGUUCUCCCACUUGUCAUCAUCUCUCCAGGGACUUUGGACUAUUCGGGCUUUGAAAGCAGAGGAAAGAUUUCAAAAAUUAUUUGAUGCACACCAAGACCUCCACUCAGAGGCCUGGUUUCUAUUUUUGACGACCUCGAGGUGGUUUGCUGUGCGUCUGGAUGCCAUCUGUGCCAUUUUUGUUAUAGUAGUUGCUUUUGGUUCCCUGCUUCUCGCCAAGACUUUGGAUGCGGGGCAGGUUGGUUUGGCGUUAUCCUAUGCAAUCACCCUCAUGGGAACGUUCCAGUGGGGCGUUAGGCAAAGUGCUGAAGUUGAAAACCUGAUGAUAUCAGUAGAAAGAGUAAUGGAAUACACAGAACUCGAAAAAGAAGCUCCUUGGGAGACCAACAAGCAUCCACCACCUGAAUGGCCAAGCCAAGGCAUGAUAGCUUUUGAAAAUGUUAACUUCACUUACAGUCUAGAUGGACCUUUGGUGUUAAGACAUUUAUCUGUUGUAAUUAAACCAAAAGAAAAGGUUGGAAUAGUGGGAAGAACUGGAGCUGGGAAAAGCUCUCUGAUAGCAGCUCUCUUUCGCUUGGCGGAACCUGAAGGAAGGAUUUGGAUUGAUAAGUACUUGACAUCAGAGCUAGGACUCCAUGACUUGCGGAAGAAAAUUUCAAUUAUACCUCAGGAGCCGGUUUUAUUCACUGGAACUAUGAGGAAAAACUUAGAUCCUUUCAAUGAAUACACUGAUGAAGAGCUGUGGAAUGCCUUGGAAGAGGUGCAACUGAAGGAGGUUGUGGAAGAUCUACCUAAUAAAAUGGAGACGCAGCUGGCAGAAUCUGGGUCUAAUUUUAGUGUUGGUCAGAGGCAGCUGGUGUGUCUUGCCAGAGCAGUACUAAAAAAAAAUCGGAUCCUUAUCAUCGAUGAAGCAACAGCAAAUGUGGACCCAAGAACAGAUGAGUUCAUUCAAAAGACAAUCCGUGACAAGUUUGCUCACUGCACAGUGUUGACCAUUGCACACCGCUUGAACACCAUUAUUGACAGCGACAGGAUUAUGGUUUUAGAGGCAGGAAGAGUGAAAGAAUAUGGUGAACCUUACAUUUUGCUGCAAGAACAAGAUGGCUUGUUUUACAAAAUGGUGCAACAAGUGGGCAAGACCGAAGCAGCUUCUCUGAUUGAAACGGCAAAACGGGUGUACUUCAGUAAGAAUUACCCAGAAGUUGUUCAGAAUGGCCAACUUGCCACAGACUCCUCCUUGGAUCCUUCCUCAGGAUUAUGCAUAACUGAAACUGCACUGUGAUUCCUAACAACCGUAACUGUUUUUCUUAGAAUGUAAACCUGAGAUCAUCUAAACUCAGCGACAAUGUUUGCAAGUAUCAACGGGAGAGGAAAGGGAGGGGGCGAUUCUUUGCACUGGACAUCCUUCCUUAUUUAAUACUGAGAAGAAAAUAUUUACUGUCCCUCUUUCUUUAAAUUCAGUGCAAUAUGUUUUCCUUUCCAACUAAUUUUGUGUAUUGCUAAAGAAAUUAGGCAGAGUCAGUUGUUAUUUGAAAGUUAUGUGGUAGAGAUCUCUUUUAUUUAAACAGGUGCAGGACACCUAACGGGUCUAGAGUGCAUAUUUGGAGCUUAUGAAAAAAAUAUAAUUGGAAUGUGUCCUUUUUCUCUUUUGGAAACAUGUUGAGGGUGAGCAAAACCAAAAUUUUGUCAGUGUUGCUUUAGCAUGACAGGUAUGUCUAAACAGCAGAUUGGGUAGUGUACCUCUUAGUUGUCUCAUGCAACUGUCCUUCUACCUGUCAUAAGUAGCUAUGCAGGUUAGUAGAAAAAAGACUUGAACAAGCCAAAAAUAUUUUUUGAUAGCAAAAAAUACUAUAUGCUUUUUUUUCUAUAAAUAGUUGAAAUAAUGCUGUUCAAGAUGAAUGUAAAUGUUAGUUUUAUUUUGGUAAAAUCCAAAUGCUGAAAAAUCAAUCUCAGUCUUCUAUACUUCAGAAGAAAAUUGCCACAUGUACACUGAAGAAACAUUUAAAUAAUUUAACAUACAUUCCUCUUUUUGUCCAGGUUAUCAGAGUAAAAAGGUAUUAAAAUAACUUGAGGAAACGUUUGAAUGACAUGUCAUUAUACCUAAAUACUGUGUAGUACAAAGUUAUCUUCAACACAACAUAUUGAAAUGUAUACAUUAUUUGCAUUUAUUGUGCCUUAAUAUCUGUGCCUUCAAGCCAAAGCUGUAACUGCAGGGUAAACAACAAAUUCAUUAAAUAUAUGUUAAAAAUGUUUAAACUUAGUAUGUUUAAAGUUUUGCAUCAGGGGUUCUGUUGAACUCGAGCUGUUUGAAGUUACCAUCCUACUGGAAUCGUUAGGAGAGUAGAGUCUCUUAGUUUUGAGUGGCUGUUGUUGAUAGUGAGAGGAGCACAGUGAGGCAGAGAGGUUUGAUAUUCAUAAGUUAUGUCCUGGUUCAGCAAAGCACUUUAACACCAAGGCACUAUUCCCAUGCUUUAAAAAAAAAAAAAAGAAAAUAAAAAAAUUCAAGCAAGUGCUAUGCUGCUUCAGAUUUUUUCAUGUUUAGUGAGAUACUUACUCUUUGAGGCCCAGUAGAAAAGAAAUACGUUAAUCUUACUGGAAUUAACACAGAAGAGACUAAAAGGCAAUGGAUCUCUUCAAGACAUGGAAAAUACUGGUUUUUUAAAAAAAUACUGAAGAUGCUUUGUAAGACAAAUGUUAUUUACCCAGUGAUCACCCAGUGGUCUGAAAGUAAAGCAAAUGCAAAUAUUUCUCAUUUCAAGCAGUUCUGCCAGCAACUGAUUCAAAUAAAAAAUUACUCUGUCCUUCUCAAGAAGUAAAUUGAGGCCAAAGCCUGUGCCUCAGCAUAGGGGCUCAUCUGGAAGGGCUUUGCCCUGCUCAGGACUCAGCCCAGUGGUGAGAGGCUGGUGAAAGGCAGAAUCCUGGUUUCCCUGUUGCAGCAUCUUCCCUGCAUUGAGGCUCAAUGGCUUACUGUCCUGCUGUGAGAUCCCAGGGGAGAGGGGAGGACUUCCUUCUACCUGCAGUGCCGCCAGCCAGCUUCCUCUGGUGGCUGGUGGGAGAAAGCAAACAUUGGUGUCCCUUUUUGCUGGUAACAUCCUUUUCUAUUGCUAGCAGGAAGUUAGAAAGUGAAGUACUCUUGUCCCUAGCUUGCUUUUGGGAAGUCUGACACUUCUGCAGUGUAUAACACCUUACACUACUACAAAUCCCAUUGAUAUUGGUGGAACUGUACUUCAUGCAGUGAUUCACAGUGUGAGGCUUGUGCUACAUCUGCUGCUAAAUGGCAUAUGGCCAGGGGCAGCUCCCUGCCCCCAAAGCCACGUGGCACAUGUUGACUUUGGCUCCUGAGCAGUGCUUAUGGCUAAUCCUGCUUAGAGCACACCAGCCACAUCCUCAUUUCUGUUUCUCUUGACCCUGGGUCUUCUCUGGUCUCAUGUGGUCCCCCUAGCACACAUGUAAACCUGGCACACAAUUACCAUCUAGCGCUUUUUGGUUUGGUUUGUUUUAAUUCAGGUUGUCUGAAAUUAGGACAGAGCUAUUGUGCAGCUCAGUGGAGUGAUGUUUGUAUUGCAGAGCCUGUGUUUUACAAUAGUGAAUUCUUUUGAUUUCUAAAUAGUUAAUUCUUUCAAGAGAGUAAGUAUGGUGUAUAAUACACUGAGACUUAUAAAUACUCUAAUAGAACAGUAUGUUCUCCUGGCCGUAUACCUUGAGUUUAUUUUUUUUCUAUCUGAACCAAGGAGAUAUGUGUACCAAGUCUAUAAUUACAGUUUUAAUUCAUUUCAACUCUGAAACGAGUCUGUGGUAAGUUAUAUUUCAGAGCAGAGCUCCAAAACCCUGGCUGCUGCAGACUCAGUGGUAUGAGACCCUGACAGAUCUAGCUAUCAAUCUAUAAGCUAGAAUUAAUUUGAUCCUGUAGCUUUUUGUAUGUGCACAAAAAUGUUAGGUAUCUCUGAAAAUACUGAUUCUGCUUCUUCACAUGUUUUGGCAGGACAUUACUGGCUCUAGGUAACAAAUAUCAAUGUAAGAGUACACUUUUUUUUUUAAUCACACUUGAAACCCAUAAAUUGCUGAGUAGAACAACUGAUAGCAAGUCAUUCUUGUCUGUCAUUGGCAUUAUAUCCAUCUUCUUAGUUGAAAGUAACAAAAAAUAUUUUCAUCAGGAAAUGGUUUCUAGAUUAUUUUGUUGGUGUUGUUGUUGAUGGUUGUUUUGUUUAGAUGACUGUUGGUUAAGAUUGACUGUUGAGUAAAAAAGCUGAGUAAAAAAUGCCAUGUUCCUGAGUAGCAAAACUCAGAGCAGAGAUGAGGAAGGCCUGCCUUUGGUGAAAGUCUUGGUCUGUUAAAUGGACAAAUUUUCUUUCUUGCAAGGUGUUUUAUAUUUCCUUUUAAAGAAAAAUUUAAAUAGUUCUAAACUUUCACUUUGAAAAUUUCUGUGCUUUAUUUGGAAAUAGCAAAGCUGGUUACUCUAAGCUACAUUCCUGCCCUGGGAUCUUGGAAAAAGAGCUCAGUCUUCUGAGUUAUUCAAGCCUUUAAAAUACUGGUUCACCAUGAGGUGCCUUAAAGUAUUCCAGAGUGUCAUUUCUAACAAACACAAUUUUAUACGUAAUACUGAAAAUCAUCAGUUACAUAACUAUUGUUUGAUUGGUGUGAAAGACCAGGAGUAGCUUCUACUUCUGAUCUCCAGACUUGUUCUUCAGAUGUUCAUUUUAGUGUGUCUUUGCUCCACCCCUGGAACCACUGGGAGAGUCAAAACCGACACAGUUCUCAAGGACGGGUUAUCUCAUGUUUUGUUUCUCUUUGGCGAACCGAACCAGAGCUCAUUUGCCAGACGAGCAUAGUCUUCUGUGGUUCCAUUUGUGCUGCCUUUUAGAAGAAGGGGACCUUCUUCUGACCAACAUCAGUAGUGCUGUUUGUUUAGUUGAUGUUGACUUUCUUUUAACCUUCCCAAUACAUGUUUAAAGUAAGAUUGCAAAAAUAAUCAGAAGGGGUCAAAAGAUCCAAAUGUUACGGAAACUUCUCUUAAAAAUGCUGCUUUUUGUGUUAAUCUGACCCUUUGAAAUAUCUUUAAGGUUUUUUCUCAUCUUUUUUUGAGGGGGCAGAGGGAAAUGAAAGUUAAAAUUGCUUAUUUCCUGUGAUGGUGAUGAACAUCUGACACUUCAGCAGAAGAGUGUGGCUUUUUGUAUAUGUUUUACAUUGUGUAACAGCACACUGCUUUUUCAUCAUUUUGGGGUUGUUGUUUUUUUUUUGCAUUUCUGUAAUAAUUUGAUUUUCGUAUUGCUAUGAAAUGAUUCAUUUUGUUGAUGUUGAUGUGACAAUGCCCGUUGUACAAUAAAAGACGUUUCUCAGA